AUGUCGCGUAGAAGUUCAGACGACGAAUCUAUUGAAGUUCGAAUGGAAGAUAUAUGUCCCGCCGGCGGGAUACAUGACAUGGAGAAAAAAUGGAUGUGCACAAACUAUGUCUCUGCUUGUUUCUGUUGUCCUUGUUACUUACUAAAGGAAAUAUUUUGUGGUUGGUGUUAUAGAAAUCCUUCUGCUGAUGAUUUUGACGGAAUUGGAUGUAGACCUACUGGCCCAGAAAUUUGUUCAAAAUGUGGACAGACAUCUAAGCAAGUAAAAGAAGCAACAGUAUUACGAGUAUUCCAUCAACAUCCUGGCGGUGAUUCAUCUACUACAAAGAAGGCCAAUAAUAAAGCUUCAUUACCACCACAAUUACCAGCACUUUCUUAUGCUAGCACACCACAAAUGUUUUUUACACCACCGCCUUCAUAUUUGAAUGUAUCUGAACAGAGUUUCGAACAACAACAGCAGCAGAGACGAAGUUUUGAAAAUAGAAAUCUAUCUGGUCAAAAUCAGUCUAAUAAUAAUAUUAGUAAGAGUGAAGGAAGGAGAAGUAUGGAAAAUCAAAACAAUGCGAGUCGGAAUUAA